AUGUCAGAAGCCAAAGAUGUCGAGAUGAAAGGUGAAGAGUAUGACUCUACAGCUGAAACGAAAGCGAUUGUGGAGGAAAUUGAACAGUCAUUUAAUCUAUUGGAGAAGGCAGCGAGUUUAUUUGACAACAGGUAUGUGUCGAAGGUGCUUCGCGAUUUCACCCCGUUGAGAAAAAGGCUAUUGAACCAUGACCAAGCAUUGCCUACUGUAAUUAACAACACCUUUCCUGACUCCCAUUCUGCAAAGCGAGAUUUACUCAAGUUAUUCAAAGCAUCUCCCAUCGUCGAAUCAGAUACUGGUAAAGCACAAACAGUCAUUCCUGAAGUGGAGUUGUACGUCUACUUGCUAGUCCAAGUAUAUUUGUUGGAUUCGAAUCAGUUACAGAAAUUGAACGAAUUGAGCAGCCAUUUAGUGAAAUUAAUGAAUUCCUACAACAGACGUUCCUUGGAUUUUAUUCAAGCAAAAGUGUGGUUUUACAUUAGUAGGGGAAAGGAAUUGGUCGGUGACUUGUUAUCGGUGCGUGCCGAUUUGUUGUACAGUUUGAGAACCGCCAGUUUGAGACAUGACACAGAGACUACAGCUUCUAUUAUCACCUUGUUAUUGAGAAACUACUUGUUGUCGCAUGAUAUUCAACAAGCUGCCAACCUUGUAGAAAAGGUGGUCUUCCCGGAAAGUGCAGCAAACGCCUUGGUUGCAAGAUACUAUUAUUACUUAGCAAGGAUCAAUGCUGUCCAGUUGGAUUAUACAACAGCUCAUGAGUGUGUAAUUGCUGCAAUUAGGAAAUCACCUCAAACUAAACUGACAAACGGGUUCAUGCAAGCAGCAACAAAGUUGAAUAUUAUCAUCGAGUUGCUCAUGGGGGAGAUUCCCGAAUUGAAAACAUUUAAAAGUAAGACGGGUAGUUAUGAACCCUAUUUCAAUGUUACUAAAGCCGUUAAAUUGGGUGAUUUGAAGUUGUUUGGACAAGUAUUGAAAAAUUAUGAGGAGUUCUUUAAAAAGGAUGACAAUUUCACUUUGGUUUCAAGGUUGCGUCAAAAUGUGAUCAAGACCGGUAUUAGAAUUAUUUCGUUGUCCUACUCAAAAAUUUCUUUGAAGGAUAUUUGCAUCAAAUUACACUUGGAUUCAGAGGAGUCCACUGAAUACAUUGUGUCGAAAGCAAUAAGAGAUGGUGUCAUUGAAGCUACUAUUAACCACCAACAAGGUUAUAUGCAAUCAAACGAGAUAUUAGAUGUGUACUCCACAAAAUUACCUCAGACAGAAUUUGAUCAUAGGAUUAAGUUCUGCUUGUCUUUGCACAACGACAGUGUCAAAUCGAUGAGGUUUCCCAAUGAUGAUGAUAAACAAGCAGUUAACAAGGAGGUGGAACCUAGUGAUGAGGUUGAGUUGUUGAAGGCUAUAGAGGAAGGUGAUUUGGAUGAUUUCAUGGAUUAA